CUUCCGCCACCUUCCGCCACCUUCCGCCACCUUCCGCCACCUUCCGCCACCUUCCGCCACCUUCCGCCUUUGAGAGUCGCGCCUGGGUAACGGCCCCGUCCACCCUUCAGAACCGCGGAGAAAGGAAUUGCGCGCCUCUGGCAGAGUUCUUAGUUCGGAUCCACCAUGCCCCCCGACUUUGAUGUGUUGACUCGGGGUGAACUGCGCAGAAAGCUGUACCAGACGUUUAAGGAUCGGGGUAUACUGGAUGCGCUCAAGACCCACCUCAGAAAGCAGCUGAUUCAUGAAUUGAUGCACCCUGCAUUGUGUGGAGAACUACAACCUCAGUCCCUUUCAGUGGAAGGGAGCACCCUCUUAAUAGGUGCCUCUAACUCUCUAGUGGCAGAUCACUUACAAAGAUGUGGCUAUGAAUAUUCACUUUCUGUUUUCUUUCCGGAAAGUGGUUUGGAAAAAGAAAAGGUAUUUACUAUGCAGGAUCUAUUACCACUCAUUAAAAUCAACCCUUCAUCCAGUCUCUACAAAUCACUGAUUUCAGGAUUUGGCAAAGAAAACCAAAAAGGUUUUCUUCUGCAGUUUUUAAGAGAAUUGGCAGAAUACCAUCAGGCUAAAGAGAGUUGUGAUGUGGAAACUCAGACAAGCUCAACAUUUCCUAACAAAGACUCUCUUGCUGAGAAGCUUCAGCUUAUUGAUGAUCAGUUUGCAGAUGCUUACCCUCAGUGUGCAAAGUUACAGUCUUUAGAAAUAAAGUUAAAUGAAUAUAAGAGAGAAAUAGAACAGCAGCUUCAGGCAGAAAUGUGUCAAAAGUUGAACUAUUUUAAAGAUACUGAAAUAGCAAAAAUUAAAAUGGAAGGGAAAAGAAAGUAUGAGAAGGAAUUAGCUGAAUUACGGAAAGAAUUUGAGAAAGCUUGUCAAGCAAAAUCUGAAGCCCUCAUUUCUCAGGAAAAGAUUAACUUUGAGAGAAUUCAAAAGCACCAAGAGAUUGAAACAAAAGAAAUUUUUACUCAAAGGCAGCUUCUACUAAAAAAUUUGGAUUUGCUAAGAGACAGAGAAGCAGAGCUGAAGCAAAGAGUUGAAGCUUUUGAGUUGACCCAGAGGCUCCAAGAAGAAGAAAAUAGAAGCGUGAGUGAGGCACUUAGGCGACGGGAGCAGAAUAUAAAGAGUAUUGAGGAGACCUAUGACCAAAAGCUUAAGAAUGAACUUCUGAAGUAUCAACUUGAACUAAAGGACGACUACAUCACUAGAACUAAUAGACUGAUUGAAGAUGAGAGGAAGAAUAAAGAAAAAGCUAUUCAUUUGCAGGAGGAGCUAACAGCUAUUAAUUCAAAAAAGGAAGAACUCACCCAAUCUGUAAAGCGUAUGAAACAACUUGAGUUUGAGUUAGAAUCUGUCAAAGCCCAGUCUUUGGCAGUAACAAAACAAAACCACAUGCUGAAUGAAAAGAUUAAAGAGAUGAGUGAUUGUUCACUACUAAAAGAGAAACUUCAGGCACAAAAUAAAUUACUUAAACAACAGCUGGAAGAGAGGAGAAAUGAAAACUUGCGUCUCCUAAACCGCAUAGCUCAGCCAGCUCCUGAGCUUGUAGUUCUUCAGAAAGAGUUAAAGAAAGCAGAACAUGCUAUAGUGUGUCAGCAGAAGGAGUUCGAAACCCACAGGCGAGCUCUGCAGAAACAGCUGCAGAGUGAAGUUGAGCAUUCUGCACAGCUGAAGGCCCAGAUGUUAGAUUAUGAUGCUUCUGUAAAGAGGUUAACCGUUCAGGUUGCUGAUUUAAAAUUGCAACUGAAACAAACUCAGACAGCCCUAGAAAAUGAAGUGUACCGCAAUCCGAAGCAGUCUCCGAUCAAUCGUUUCGUCGGCGGAUACAAACUGGCACCUCAUGACAUUGAUAUAAGUGGGGAUUUCUUAAACAAUCCUCUUGAACAGAAAAAAGUUAUGGCAGGUGCAGUGACACCAAGGGUCAGACAUUAUCCAAAUGCAGGGAUGGAGGGCAGUUCCCUCGAUUCUGACCUUGAGUUUGUAGCCAAUGCUAAGGCAAGGGUAAAAGAGCUAGAGCAAGAGGCAGAGUGCUUGGAGAAAGCUUUCAGAGAUUACUAUCAGAGAGUUAUUGAGAAUCCUGCUAAAAGCCCAUUGCCAGCCGAGAGUCCACCAUCUCUGCACCUGCGAGGAGCUCCCAUAAACAUCACUUCCAGUGCCCUGGAAAGAGGUGUUUCUGCAGAGGACCGAGUUGUUCCUGGGCAGCCUCCGGUAGGCACACUUAAAGAGAAGAGUGAGGCCUCGGAAGCGCUGACUGACAGCGCCAGGUCACAGCCACACAGGCGCCUCUCCUCCACGCCCCUGCCAAAAGCCAAAAGAAGCUGGGAAAAUGAAAUGUGUCUGGAAGGUCUGGACAGGUCACACGUUGCUUCCCCAAGUCCUUGUCCUGACAGAAUGUCCCAGCCAUCACCUGCUGAGUCUAGGCACAGCCUCUGCCUCCCUCCUUUCUCCCACCCUCCAGAACAGAAGGCAGGUCUUUGUCAGAGACAAACUGAAAUUCAAGACAAAAGUGAAUUUUCAAAUUUGGACAAGCAAGCUUUUAAGGAUAAUGAAUUUGGAUCAUCUUUUGAAUGUGCAGGGAGCAUGCUGAGUCUGUUUGAAGUGGAGGGGCUCCAUCCCGCUGGAGAUAUGCCACAUGUGGACGCAGCCACCGCUGCACCCGCCAGACCCAUCUCAUAUAAUUACUCAAAUCAGAAACAAAUUGGCGAACAAAGGGAAGAAGAAAAAAUAUGGGAACAGCAAAUGAAAGAACAAAGGCAGAGAGAAGAAAGAAGGCAGAGUGACCGGCUAGAGGCUUUAGAAAGGGAGCAAAGAGAACUGGAAAAACUGGAUCAAGAAAGGAGAAUGAUUGAAGAAUCAUUGAAGAUUGAAAUGGAAAAAGAAUUAGAAAUGAGCAUUCAAGAAAUGAAAGACAAAUCUGCUCAUGGUGAAAGUCCUUUAGAGAAAUACAUGAAAAUCAUCCAGCAGGGGCAAGAGCAGGAGUCAGCAGAGAAGAGCUCAAAAAAGAUGGUCAGACAAGGCUCAGUAGUGGACACACUGCCGUCUACUGACAAAGACGAGAGUUUUACAGGCUUUUCUCAUGAAGAACCAGAGCCAGAUGACUUUUGGUAAUCAUUUUUGCUGCUUAUUAGCUUCUUACAACAGUGAGGAAUCAUGUAACAGCUCUGAAUAUUCCUCUGCAAUCAAAGUUCUCAAUAAAAAUUGUGUAAUCCAGUA